AUGCAUAAACACCUCCACCAUGUUUCCCAUACCAUAAAGUCCUAUUUAUCCACUCUUAUAGCCUUGGAGAACCUUAAGGUAGUGGCGUUUUUGAUUUCCCUUUUGUCUUGUCUUGUGGCAGGGUCGAUAUUAUUGUUUACAUUAUAUACGUCGUCGUUCCAUGAAGUGUUGGGGCUAUCGUACUUGCAAAUCAACAUGAUCUCGUCGUUGUCGGCGUUGGGAAUGUACUUUUGCUUGCCGGUACUUGGGUACUUGGCGGAUUCGUAUGGGCCAGCGUUGUUGUCGUUAUUUCUGAUCUGGUUCUUCUGUCCCAGUUACUUUGUCAAUAGCUAUUUGGUUAGCACCCAGAGUGGUUCGGUGAUUGGGUUUUGCGUAUGUUUUUGUUUUAUUGGGCUAGCGACGUCGUCAUUAUACUUUUCGAGUUUGAUUACGUGUGCACGUAUAUGCCCAGACCACAAGGGGUUGGCCAUUUCCUUGCCCAUAACUUGUUAUGGCCUUUCGGCGUUGCUCGGGGCACAAAUUUUGAAGUUGCCAUAUUUCCACCGCCACGACGUGUUGGAUUUGGAAGUUGUGUUUCUGUUUUUUGCAUGGCUUUAUUUGGUCGUUGGCAUUGCUAGUUUUGUGUCUAGUUCUAUUGUUAUUGUUGAGCUGGAGUUGUUGUUUGGGGUUACGCCAGAUGAGGAAACGGCUUUGCUUGAACUUACGCCAACGAGAUCGCUCGAGCCGCCUAACCACCGCCAGAGGUUUGUGCUGUUUGUCAAAGACCCAUCAGCAUGGAUUUUGCUUGUGUCAUUGAUCCUCAAUAUUGGCCCCAUGGAGAGUUACCAGAACAAUUUAAGCUCGAUUUUGAAACACACUAAUGGCGCAGAUUUGCCGAACCAGGUGAGUAUUAUGGCGGCGUCGUCGACUGGCGCGCGGUUGUUGUUAGGUGUGUUGUCAGAUUACCUGUCGAAAUAUGUUUGUCGAGUUUGGUUGUUAGUGGUGGUGAUUGUGGUGGGCGUGGCAGGACAAAUGUCCGAAACUUCUGCCAUCCUCAAUGGCGUGUCCUACGGGGGCAUGUUCACUAUUUACCCAACAAUCGUGGCGUCGAUCUGGGGCAUUGACAUUAUGGGGUCUACGUGGGGGUCAUUUAUGGUUGCGCCAGCACUUGGGUCGGUCAUUUUUUCGAUGUUUUAUGGACGCAAUGCCGAUUCGUGUUCUGACUGUUUACUGCAUUAUUUCUACACAACUGCCGGGGCGAUGAUUGUUAGUUGUAUAUUUGUACUUUUGGCAUGGAAGAUUUGGUACGCCCGUGGGUUUACGAGAUUUUGA